CGUCCCCUUCUCCUUUCUCCCAACUCGCCCUUGUGAACACAUAAAAUUAGAUCCCAUCAUAUGUCUCAGAGACCUAGCGUUCCACACUCCUCCUCGAUAGCCUUCUCCCUUCAUUCCCAUCUCCUGGUCUCCAGUGAGAUGAACCCCAACUCCUAUUGGCAACAAUAAAAGGAAAAGAAUCCUUCCCAAAUCCCACUUCUAUCUCUCCUAACCCGGAUCUAGAAAGCCUCUUAACCAGAAAACUCCUUCUCUAACAUUCUUUCUUAAUUUUGUACCUCACGAUGGGUGUGAAAGGAUUCGUUGAGGGCGGCAUCGCCUCCAUCGUGGCCGGCUGCUCCACCCACCCGCUCGACCUCAUCAAGGUCCGAAUGCAGCUCCAGGGGGAGUCGCUGAGCCCGGCGGUCUCCGCCCUCCGCCCCGCUCUCGCCUUCCCCACCACCGCCACCGUCACCCUCCCACCGCCGCCGCGCCCCGGCCCACUCGCCGUCGGCGCCCAGAUCCUCCGCUCCGAGGGUCCCUCCGCCCUGUUCUCCGGCGUUUCCGCCACCGUCCUCCGCCAGACUCUCUACUCCACCACCCGCAUGGGCCUGUACGACAUCCUCAAGAAGAAGUGGUCCCCUGCCGGCGAUGGCAACGCGCUCCCGAUCCACCGCAAGAUCGCCGCCGGCCUCAUCGCUGGCGGGAUCGGCGCCGCCGUCGGGAACCCCGCUGACGUGGCCAUGGUUCGGAUGCAGGCCGACGGCCGGCUCCCGGCGGCGGAGCGGCGGAACUACAAGAGCGUGGUGGACGCUAUCGGGCGGAUGGUGAGGAGCGAGGGGUUGGGGAGCCUGUGGCGAGGGUCGUCGCUGACGGUGAACCGGGCGAUGAUCGUGACGGCGUCGCAGCUGGCGACGUACGACCAGGCGAAGGAGGCGAUCCUGGCGCAUGGGGUCAUGGAGGACGGCCUGGGGACGCAUGUGACGGCGAGCUUCACCGCCGGGCUGGUGGCGGCAAUGGCGUCGAACCCAGUGGACGUGGUGAAGACGAGGGUGAUGAACAUGAAGGUGGAGAAGGGAGCGGCGCCACCGUACGCCGGAGCGCUCGACUGCGCGCUGAAGACGGUGAGGGCCGAGGGGCCGAUGGCGCUCUACAAGGGCUUCAUCCCCACCGUCUCCCGCCAGGGGCCGUUCACGGUGGUCCUCUUCGUGACGCUCGAGCAGGUCCGCAAGAUCCUCAAGGACUUCUGAUUGCCGUCUGAUGUAGAUCGGGCGGUAGAUAUCAGUGGAUGAUGGCGAUAAAAGUAGCUUACCGAAUAAAUUGGGUUUUUAUACUAUAUUCAAAACUUUCUAUUAUAUUGAUGUGAUUCCCGUGACCUCGGGGUAUGACAGAAGACAGUGGGGAUUUUGCUGUUCGCUACUUUUUUUUGAAUUAAUUAAUAUUUAAAUAUUUUACUCCGCA